AUGGUCCUCCAAACUAAACUCACAAAGCUCGUCGGCAUCAAGCACCCCAUCGUCCAGGGUGGCAUGCAAUGGGUCGGAACCGCUGAGCUUGCCUCUGCUGUCUCGAACGCUGGCGGUCUCGGAAUCUUGACUGCGUUGACCCAGCCCACACCCGAGCACUUGCGCAGCGAGAUCCGUCGCUGCCGCACGAUGACCGACAAGCCCUUUGGUGUCAACUUGACCUUGUUGCCAGCCAUGACCCCUCCCCCUUAUGCCGAGUAUGGCGAUGUCAUUGUCCAGGAGGGCAUCAAGGUUGUCGAGACCGCUGGAAACAAUCCCGGCGAGCACAUCAGGAAGUUCAAGGAGGCUGGUAUCUUUGUCAUUCACAAGUGCACCUCCAUCCGCCACGCUCUCACCGCCCAGCGUCUCGGUGCCGAUAUGCUCAGUAUCGACGGAUUCGAGUGUGCUGGUCACCCCGGUGAGGAUGAUGUUACUGGAUUGAUCUUGUUGCCUUUGGCUGCCAAGGCCCUCAAGAUUCCUUACAUUGCCUCUGGUGGAUUCGGUGAUGGUACCGGUCUCGCCGCCGCCCUUGCCCUCGGUGCCGAGGGUGUGAACAUGGGAACUCGUUUCUUGUGCACGCAGGAGGCCCCCAUCCACAACAACAUCAAGGAGUCGAUGGUUAAGGCCUCCGAGCGCGACACCUCAUUGAUCUUCCGUACGCUCCACAACUCUGCUCGUGUCUUCCGUAACAAGGUCGCCAAGGAGGUCAUUGAGAUUGAGCGCAAGCCCGGUGGAGCCGAGUUCGCGGAGGUUGCCCCCUUGGUCUCGGGAGCCCGUGGCAAGCUUGUUUAUGAGAACGGUGAUCCCGACCAUGGUAUCUGGACUGCAGGUCAGAUUGUUGGGUUGAUCAAUGAUAUCCCAACUUGUGAGGUGCUUGUUAAGAGGAUAGUUCAGGAGGCUGAGGAUACUAUCCGUGGACGCCUUGAGGGUAUGGUUGUCAUCGAGUCCAAGUUGUAA